UCAUUGAGCGUUAUUCGAGCCUAGCACACGUCGAACAGAUCGGAAGAGGAGCAAUAGGCACCAGACGAAUAAUAAAAUGGGUGUCACAGAAUCGAACGAAUCGCCGGAGGAUCGUGUGGGCUAUGUGCGCAUUCAGGAUAUUCCACAGUUGAAUCAGGAACAUUGUCGAAUGCGCGAUCCGCAGCGAGUGGAACGGAUUAUCAACGAGUUUGUCUGCGGGGGACCGGAACGAAUGCAGAUAGUAUCCGACUUUGAUUACACGAUCACGAAGCAGCGCACGGAUGACGGCGUUGCUGUGCCCUCGAGCUUUGGCAUCUUCAACUCGUGCAAGUCCCUGCCGGACAACUUCAAAGAGGAGAUAGACAAGCUCUUUCACAAGUACCAUCCCAUCGAGAUUGACCCGCAUAUGCCGAUACCCGACAAAGUGCAGUACAUGAUUGAGUGGUGGACGCAGUCGGGCAAACUGGCCAGUGGCUUCGCCUUCGAUCUGGCCGAAUUGGAUCAAAUGGCUGGCCAAUUUAAGCAUGCGCUACGUGAUGGAACGCAUGAGCUUUUCGAAGCACUGCAGCGUCUGCAAAUUCCGGUUCUCGUCUUCUCCGCCGGCCUGGGCAACUCGGUGGUGUCGCUGAUGCAACAGGCGAACAUCAUGCAGCCGAAUGUAAAGGUUGUUUCGAACUUUCUGCGCUUUCGGGAUGGCCUGCUGGACGGCUUUCAGGAGCCGAUGAUUCACAUUUUCAACAAGAACGAAACUGUGCUCGAGGGCGGUGAAUAUUACGAGCUGGUACAUACGCGUGAUCAUAUUAUUGUCAUGGGGGAUUCCCUGGGCGACGCGGACAUGGCGGCCGGCGUGCCAGCGUCCUCGCACAUUCUAAGGAUUGGCUUCCUCUUCCACCACGUGGAGGCCAACAUGGAGAAGUACAUGAAUGCCUUCGACAUUGUGCUCGUCGACGAUCAAACCAUGAGUGUGCCUCAAGCUCUGCUCGCGCUCAUCGACAACCGUCAUCAAAUGCGUCACCCACACGGAAGCAAUGGAACAGCUCCUACACAAGGUUUGCCGAAUGCUGCACUGUGAAAUGGAUAUUCGAUUACCUUCCUAUGGGUAAUUUGGAUUUGACGGUUAUUUAUGAGAAUACAGACCAGAAUCAGAAGCUACUAAUUAGACAGUUUAGGCUCAAAAGCUCCCUAAUCCGAU